AGAAUGCUUAUAAAACAGCGUAACGUGAAGACGUCAAGUUGAAGGCACGAUGAAGUGGGUGCCGCGACCGGUAGGUCGGCAGCCCCGAUGUCGCGCCUCGACGCGCAGCUCUGGCGCGACCGCAUGGCGGACCUCGUCGAGCGGCGCGAGGCCCUCCGCGGCGACCUCGUGCGCCUCGGCGAGGCCCUGGGCGGCGCGUCGCCGAAGCGCGCGGCCAAGGCGCGGCCCGAGGCCCACCGCCUGCUCAAGGAGCUGCGCGACGCCUGCUGCGGCGUCUGCGAGGCCUGCGCCGAGUGGCGCCGGGCGGGCGGCCACGACGACCCCUGCCCGGCGCCGUCGGGCGGCGACUACCUCGCGCGCAUGGCCUUCGAUCUCGACUUCGUCGCCGCGUCUCCGAAGCUCGUCGCGGCCAUCGGCACGCCGCGCGAGCUCCUGCGGAACAACCCGCUCAUGCUGCCGCGCACGCUCGAGGCCGCCGAGGUCGGCGCGGCGGGCGACGGCCCGCCGGCGAACGACGAGCAGCGGCGCCUGCGGCGCGCGGAGGCCGCGCUCGUCGCCGCGGCGCGGCGGAGCCGCGUCGUCGAAGAAGAGGAGGAAGAAGAGGAGGACGAGGAAGACGACGCCGCCGCCGCGAGCGCCUUCGACGGCGACGCCGCGAGCGCCUUCGGGUCGCCGCCGAAGCCCGCGGCGCCGCCCCGGAGCCUCGACGCGUCGAACUGGAUGGAAGCCGCGCAGAAGCAGCUGGACGACCUCAAGCAGAACAAAACGCCGGCGGCGGGCUUCGGCGACCGCGACGACUCCCCGCGGGCCUACGGCGGCGACCCGCGCCUCGUGCGCGGCCGCGACGAGGCGCCGAAGAAGCCGCCGCCGCGCAAGCCCGCGAAGCAGCCCGCGCCGCCGCGGCGCGCGCCGGACAAGCCCCGGAAGCCCCGGGGCAAGGCGCCGGCGCCGUCGCAGCAGCGCCGGGCCCUCGAGCGGCUCCAGCAGCCCCGGGGCCCCCUCCUGCCGCCCCUCGCCGGCGGCGACGACGACGGCGUCAUCGGCUUCAACAAGCACGCGUCGCCCAAGGGCAGGCCGCGGCGGGGCCGACGGCAGAAGGCGAUGGCGUCGACGACGGGCGCGGCCUUCGAUUUGUGCGCCGACGAUCUGGCGACCAUCGCCGAAUUGGACGAGGCGCCGAGCGACGCGGCGCUCCGCGUCGGCGCCUGCGCGCUGACGCUCAUGGCGCGGGGCGAGGCGUGCCCCGGCGACGUCGGCUGGCGCGCCGUCGCGUCGACGUUCGAAGACGCCGAGGGCUCCCUGGACGCGAUCCGCGCCGUCGACGCGUCGUCGGACGUGCCGCCCUUCAAGGCGCGGGCUCUGGCGCGGCUCCUCGAGGUCGGCGACGCGGGCGACCUCGGGGCCGGCGCCGCGGGCGACGCGCUCGCGCGGCUCGCCGCGUGGUGCGCCGCGGCGGUCCGCGCGGCGGCCGCGGCCGCGGCGCGCGGCGCCGAGGGCCUCGCGCCGUCGCCGCGGGCGAAGCUCAAGGCCGGCCGGAAGGCGCGGCGCGCGGCGCCCGCCGACGACGCGGCGCCGAAGCGGCGGAGGCCGCGGAAGGUCGCGCAGUCGCGCAGCGACGAGGGCCUCCGGGGGCCGAAAUCCUCCGACUUCCUCGCGGGCAAGGUGUUGCGGAGCUCCUGGUGGCACUUCGAGGACGCGACGCCGGCCGUGCUCGUGUCCGUCAUCGCGCCCCGGGACACGAAGGGCGCCUUGCUGGUGAAGGCGUACGAGCCGACGCGGAGCCUGGAGUGUCGACGACGACCGGAGCGCCGCGCCCUCGGCGGCGACGCGGCCGCGCGCGCCGCCGCCGCGGACGCCGUGCGCCGCUGCGCGCUCCGCUGGCUCCAGCGCCGCCGCUGCCGCGUGGGCACGCCGAGCCUCGAGACCGUGCGCGCGCUCCUCGGCCGCGCGGAGACGAAGCGGGCGCUCGCGGCGCUCGGGUGGACGCCGCUGCACCGCGCGCUGGCCAUGCUGCAGGAGCCCGACCGCGGCAAGACGGAGGUCCUCGCGACGCGGCUCGAGGCGCUCUUCGCCGCGGCGGCGACGGAGGAGACGCGCGCGCCGUCGAAGGAGGACGCGCGCGUGCCGUCGCCGUCGUCGGUGCUGGACCCGGCGCGGCGCGACGGCGCGGCCGCGACGGCGCUCCAGGCGCGGCUCCGCGGCGCGGCGGCCGCGCGGCGCCACGGCGCCGCGCGCGCGUCCGCGGCGAAGCUCCAGGGCUUCGGCCGCGGCCUGGCGGCGCGCGCGGAGCGGGACCGCCGGGACCGCGCGGCGGCGGCGCUCCAGGGCUCGGAGCGCGCGCGCGUCGCGCGCGCGGAGCUCGACCGGCGGUGGCUGGAGCGGGAGCGCGGCCGCGCCGCGGUCCUGGUCCAGGCCCACGGCCGCCGCCGCACGGCCGCCGCCGCCGUCGCCGCGCGCCGCGCGGAGGAGGCGCGAGCCGCGGCGGAGGCCAAGGCGGCGGCGGAGGCGCGGGCGGCCGAGGAGGCGCGCGUCGCGGCGGAGGCGAAAGCGGCCGAGGAGGCGCGAGCGGCCGAGGAGGCGCGCGUCGCGGCGGAGGCCAAGGCGGCCGCCGAAGCUCGAGCGGCCGCCGAGGCGCGCGUCGCGGCGGAGGCGAAAGCGGCCGCCGAGGCGAAAGCGGCUGCCGAGGCCAAUGCCGCCGCGGAAGCCAAGGCCGCCGCGGAAGCCAAGGCCGCCGCGGAAGCUCGAGCGGCCGCGGAGGCCGAGGCCGCCGAGGCCAAGGCCGAGGAGGCGCGCGUGCUCCGCGCGGCGCAGCUCGCCGAGGAGGACCGCCGGCGGCGCGCGGCGGGCGCCGCGUCGCCCGCGGCCUCGCCGGGCGCCCUCGAGGCGAGCGACGAGUACUCGUUCGACGACUUCGACGACCCCGGGGACACGUCCGCGGAGCAGUCGCCGGCCAAGGCGGCGGCCGAGGACGAGCGGCGGCGGCAGGAGGAGGACGCGAAGCGCCAGGAGGAGCAGCGGCACCACGCCAUGGCCGAGGAAAAGAAGCGGCAGGAGGCCUUCGAGGAGGCGCAGAAGCAGCGAGCCGCCGCCGCCGCCGAGGCCGAGCGCGUCGAGGCCGCGCGCCUCGAAGCCGCCGAGAAGCAGCGGCAGCGCGACAUCGCCGAGGAGAAGAAGCGGCAGGAGGCCUUCGAGGAGACGCAGCGGGCCCUCGCCGCGCGCCUCGAGGCCGAGCGCGUCGAAGCCGACCGCCUCGAGGCCGAGCGCGCCGAAGCCGCGCGCCGCGAGGCCGAGCGCGUCGAAGCCGCGCGCGUCGAAGCCGCGCGCGCCGAGGCCGAGCGCGCCGAAGCCGCGCGCGCCGAGGCCGCGCGCGCCGAAGCCGAGCAGCUCGAGCUCGCCGAGGAAGCGCGACGGCAGCGGGACGUCCUCGAGUACAAGGACACGGUCAUCGCGUCGCCGCUCAAGCCCGACCUCGAGGCGAGCGCGUCCCACGACGAGACGAGGACUGAGCCCGCCGCCGAUCCCGUAAGCGACGCCGAUCAGAUUAUACGAGGGGGGGGGGGGGGGGGCACAGCGCGGGCUUGCGAGCGCGACGCUUCACGCGGAGGAGGACGCCUUGUAGCUUCCCGUGCUCAUGAGCUUCUUCUGGAGCACGGGCGUGAGGUACUCCGCGAGCUUGAGCGCGUCGACGGCGACGCCGAUGUCCGCGACGCCCUCCGGGAAGGUGCCGGCGAGGGCCGCGGCGGCGCAGCGCUCCUUGAGGUCCUUGUACUCGUCCUCCUGGGUGAUGAGGUAGCCGAUCCAGUCCGGGUGCUCGGCCUGGCGCGCGGCGACGCGCGCCGCGCGGUCCGCGUCGACCAUCUCGGCCUCGAAGACGACCUCGGAGCCGUCGGCGACGGACGCGAAGCAGCCGUCGCCGCCGCAGCGGUCCGCGACGAUGCGCAGCUUGCCGCCGGCCUUGUUCGUGAGCGUGAAGUCGAUUUUGGCGAAAUCCGUGUAGGCGCCGAUCGUCCGGCAGUCGCAGUUGCCCGCGUCGACGGCGACGUCCGCGAUGGAGUCGGCGGUCAUGCCGAAGAAGGUCGCGGCGAGGGCGAGCUCGUGGAUGGCCAUGUUCUUGAGCAUGCCCUCGGCGUUGCGCUCGAAGCACUCGCCGAGCGACUCCUCCGUGUAGUCGUUGAGCGACGUUAGCGUGACGAGGCUCCCCGGGUGCUUCCCGUAGGCGUCUAAGGCCUGCGUGAAGUAGGGCGCGAUGUUCUUGAUGAAGCCCAUGAAGACGGGCACGUCGGCCUCCUCGGCCGUCGCCGCCAUGGACUCGAGCUCGCCGACCGUCGGCGCGCCGGGCUUCUCGAGGAGGAUGUGCGUCGCGCCCGAGUCGAGCGCCUGCUGGAAGAAGCCCGGGUUGUCCACCGUGCGGCCGGCGAUCAGGGCCAGCUUCGGCUCGCCGGGCGCCGCGCCGCUCCAGGUGGAUUUCGACAGGCCCGCCUGGAAGGCGACGUCCGGCGACCAGCUGUCGACGCACUCCGCCGCGAAGACCUUGCCCGCGUCGCUGUCCUUGCCCCCGCCGAGGAACCAGGGCUCGACGAUGUCGCUGAGCUUGCCGCUCGGGCACUCGCCCUCGACGAGCUGGAGGCCGUGGAACCAGCCCAUGCCCCGGCUCGGGAGGCCGCACCCGACGAUCGCGUAGUUCGUCUUCGCGCCCUCGGGCGCCGCCACCGCCGCGCGCGACGGCUUGAAGAGGUUCCGGACGGAUCGCAGGGGGUUCAGGGCCGAGGCCGAGGCCGCGAGGGCCAAUAUCAGCGUGGGAGUCGCCAUGGUGUGCAUGAUCGCCGAGAAAAGCGGUGUGUAGACCU